GUCGGCUUUUCCGAAUCGCCGCGAUACGGCCCCACUGAAUUGGCGUCUCUCGGCCACACCGAAAUACGGUCGUCGUUUGACAGAACGGCAUCAAAUCAUUCGAACUUUGAGAACGGUAGUGUUGUGUUGUUAUUGCUCGGCAGCAAAGUAAAAUCCGAAGAGAAGCGAGUCGAACAAGAGAAGAAGAAGAAGCGCAGGAGUGGACGACAGCAAUGCAACAACAGUGACGAGGCGCCAGUGUGCAAAAGUAUGUGUGCGAGUGCGUGUAAGCAACAACUCCCCGAUACAAACCUACGAGCGAGAGGGGGACGGCGAUAGCGACGGUUGUUCGGUCGGUCGGGUCGACCGUUAGUCGCGUCUGUCGGUCGUUCUCGCCUAUGCACCUCGGCGGCAGAGCGAAAGAGAGCGCACUCUGGCUGUGUGUGUGCGUGUAUGUUCUCGCUCUCUCGCGCGGUGGUGAUAAAUUUCUGUUGGCACAAAGUAAAAAUAUAACAGAAUAAAAAAUCGUGGCGCGGCAUAUAGAAGCUAAUCGAAAAUUAUUGCGAGUAUUGGGAGGAGGAGAAACAUUCCUCUUCUUCUCGCUGUUGUUGUUGUUUCUCCAGUCCAAAUGUCAGCUGUUGCACGCAACAUGUACCAUAGAAGCGGAACAGCGAAACGCAGAAAAAGAGCAAAUCUAUCAAGCCCAGGACAAGAACAACAAGUGCAAGAGAAUCGGCAGCAAAAACAACAAGCAGAUAAAGAGAGCUGCUAACAACGUAAACAAAACCUAAACACCCAUACACACACAAAGGGAGAUAGCAACAAACACAAAAACAACAACCACAAAUAACAAGAAUACAGCAGGAAGAGAGAGAGAGAGAGAAGGACAGGGAGAAAGUGCUCCCGAGAGGGGAAAUAGAAGAUCAACGAUAAAAGAUAAGAGAUAAAGAUAUCAGAGGGAGGGAAAGGCAAGAGGAAGAGGUCCCUCGAACACAGGAUCAAUCAUCGCCAUGACAAUCAUACUCUUCCUGGUGGACACCUCCUCGUCCAUGUGCCAGAAGGCGUAUGUGAAUGGGGUACAGAAGACGUAUCUGGACAUUGCCAAGGGCGCCGUGGAGACGUUCCUCAAGUAUCGCCAGCGUACGCAGGAUUGCCUGGGAGAUCGCUACAUGCUGCUCACAUUCGAGGAGCCACCGGCAAACGUGAAAGCUGGAUGGAAGGAGAACCAUGCCACCUUCAUGAACGAGCUGAAGAACCUGCAGAGUCACGGCCUCACCUCGAUGGGUGAAUCGCUGCGCAAUGCGUUCGAUCUGUUAAAUCUGAAUCGCAUGCAGUCGGGCAUCGAUACGUACGGGCAGGGCAGGUGCCCGUUUUACCUGGAGCCAUCGGUCAUCAUUGUGAUUACGGACGGCGGUCGCUAUUCGUACCGGAACGGUGUCCAUCAGGAGAUCAUACUGCCGCUAAGCAACCAAAUACCGGGCACAAAGUUCACCAAGGAGCCAUUUCGCUGGGAUCAGCGCUUGUUUUCGCUGGUCCUCCGCAUGCCGGGCAACAAGAUUGACGAGCGAGUGGAUGGCAAGGUGCCGCAUGACGAUUCUCCCAUCGAACGGAUGUGCGAGGUCACCGGCGGACGUUCAUAUCGAGUGCGAAGCCACUACGUACUCAACCAGUGCAUUGAAAGUCUUGUCCAAAAGGUUCAGCCUGGUGUGGUGCUGCAGUUCGAGCCUAUGCUGCCCAAGGAGGCUACUGCCGCUGGCGAAGCGGCGGGUGCGAGCACGAUAUCCGGCAUGGGAAUACCCUCAACGUCCGGAGCGGGUCCCGCACCCGAUAUUGUCUUCCAGCCGGUGAAGAAGAUGAUCUACGUGCAGAAGCACAUUACGCAGAAAACCUUUCCCAUCGGCUAUUGGCCACUGCCGGAGCCCUAUUGGCCGGACUCCAAGGCGAUCACAUUGCCGCCCCGCGACGCACAUCCCAAGCUGAAGGUCCUGACGCCGGCGGUGGACGAGCCACAGCUGGUGCGCAGCUUUCCCGUCGACAAGUACGAGAUUGAAGGCUGUCCGCUAACGCUGCAGAUUCUCAACAAGCGCGAGAUGAACAAGUGCUGGCAGGUGAUUGUGACCAAUGGAAUGCAUGGAUUCGAGCUGCCCUUUGGCUACCUAAAAGCGGCGCCCAACUUUUCGCAGGUACACCUCUAUGUACUCGCCUACAAUUAUCCAGCGUUGCUGCCCAUUCUGCAUGACCUCAUCCACAAGUACAAUAUGAGUCCGCCGAGCGAUCUGAUGUACAAAUUCAACGCCUAUGUGCGUUCAAUACCGCCGUAUUACUGCCCGUUCCUGCGCAAGGCGCUGGUCAACAUCAAUGUGCCGUAUCAGCUGCUGCAGUUCCUGCUGCCGGAGAAUGUGGACAACUAUCUGUCGCCCACGAUCGCCAAUCAGCUGAAGCACAUCAAGAAUACGGCCAAGCAGGAUCAGGAGAAUCUUUGCAUGAAGGUGUACAAGCAGCUAAAGCAGCCGAAGCUACCAUAUCGUCAAGUGGAGACGGGUAAACUGUUCACAGGUGCGCCGUUGCGCAGAGAUUUGGUGCGGCAUCCACUGCUCCGGGAUAUAUUUUCCAAGUUGCAUGGGGAAAUAGAUCCCGUGGAAAAUUUUACGAUUGUGGUGCCGCAGCCGACGCAUCAGUCGUCGGCCAAGUCGCAUCGCAAUCCCUUCGAUAUACCGCGGCGGGAUUUGGUGGAGGAAAUAUCCAAGAUGCGUGAGACCUUACUGCGACCCGUCUCGCUGGUGGCCAAGGACUCGGGCCACUGCCUGCCCAUCGCCGAGAUGGGCAACUACCAGGAGUACCUCAAGAACAAGGACAAUCCGCUGCGUGAAAUCGAGCCGACGAAUGUGCGGCAGCACAUGUUCGGUAAUCCGUACAAGAAGGACAAGCACAUGGUGAUGGUGGACGAGGCGGAUCUGAGUGAUGUGGCGCCAAUGAAGUCGCCAAAUGGCAAUGGACCGGGUGGAGCCCCGCCCGGCUCACCUUCCGGAUCGGGCCCGCCCACUGGACCGGGCCCCUCAUCCCCGGGCUCUUCGCCCGGCGGUGUUUCGGGUCCCGGGAUGCCCGGAAUGGCCGGAAUGGGCGGUGGAAUGUCAGGACUGAUGCUGGGCGCAGGUGGCAGUGGCGGAUCCUCCAAGAAACUGGACGGCACGUCUCGUGGGCGAAAGAGGAAGGCAGGCCCGCUGCCACGUAGCUUUGAAUUCCGUCGAUCAUCUACGGACUCGCGAUCUUCGAGCUCCAGCAUCGAUUCCUCCACAACGGGUAGUGCACCAGGAUCACCGAUACCAGGCGCUACGUCAUCCAUACCCGGCUGCGAUUCCUCUUUGGGCGCUGAUGGCGCCAGUUCCAGCUGUUUCGACGAGGACAGCAAUAGCAACAGCAGCUUUGCGAGCUCCACAUCGGAGGCCUCGGCCAGUGAUUCAGGGAUGUCAAUCUCGCAUUCGGAUCGCUUGGGCAUCAGUUUCGAUUUCAACGAGGAGGAGACCAGCGAUCAGGAUACGCCCCUCAAUGGCUAUGUGCACAACUUCAUCAAUGGCAUCAGCGACGAUGCGACAGCGGGCGAAACGGAAGCAGUUCCAGGCGGGACAUCUCUGCCGGGUGCGUCUUCAGCUAACGAACCGUCGUCAACUGGAGCAUCGCCAGCAGUUUCAGCCACGCCAGCAACAUCUGUGAUCCCGGCCAGCAAUGGCAGCGAAGUUUGCUCCGCCGUCGCGGCCGCCAGCAGCAGUUCCAUUAGCUCCAGCGCCAGUUCCCCUGGCGUUCUCUACGUGCCCCUCAACGGACUGACCACCCAUGCGGCCUACAGCAGUAAUCUGGGUGGUCCGAGCUCGCCGUUGGACAACCUGAGCUCCCUGGGUGGAGCGGCGGGAGGUGGUGGAGCGGGGCUACUCGGUGUCAGCAAGCCGGGAUCGCUGCCACUGGCCAAUGGUUAUGGGCACGGUCACAGUUCAGCCAUUUCCCCACCUUCGCCAUUGUCCUUGGCGCCUCUUACACCAUUGGGCACAAGUACGCCCGCUGCCAGCAGCUCGGGACUGUCGUCCAGUUCCGCCUACUUCAGCCACAAUGACAUCAACGAUGCCUCAGAGAUCUCGCGCAUACUGCAGACCUGUCACAAUGGAACAGGCAGUGGCUCCUCGGUCGGAGCGGGCGCAAGCAACAGCAAUUCGAAUGGCAAUGGCAGCACGGAUAGUGGCGGAGGAGUCUCAUCCGACGAUCAUGCCUCGCUGGGUGGCAACAGUUUCGAUGCCCUGAAACGGACAGCGGGUACUGCGGGCAGCACUGCAGCGGGAAAUCCCCACUACUACUGGGCCAGUGGUCUCAAUCAUCACAACAAUAACACCAGCGCCGCCGGAACAGCUGGCGGUUCGGCGAUGAGCAACAAUCACAACCACCGGGGCCACAACAACAGCAGCCCCAACAAGCUGGAGGUGAAGAUCAACUCCAGCUGCGGCUCCUCGCCGACGCACAACAACGGGGGCAUGGGCUCACCGGCACAGAGCCUGCCGCUCAUUUUCACCGAGGAGCAGCGCGAAGCGGCCCGUCAGCACAACAUCGAACUGCGACUGCAGAUCUUCAGGGAUAUACGCCGACCCGGCCGAGACUACAGCCAGCUGCUGGAGCACCUGAAUCUGGUCAAGGGCGACCAGGAUAUGCAGUCGGAUUUCGUGGACAUGUGCAUCGUGGAAUCGAUGCGCUUCCGCCGCCAUCUCAUGGCGUCCAGCAUACAGGAGUGGUGGGAUCGCAAGCAGCAGUUAACUGCCCUGGGAACCACUGAAGCGACCGCCGGCGCGGAGCAGGCCGUCGCCAAGAGUUAACGAUGGCUCAUGUGGCACCACUGAGCCCGCGGGGUCAUCCAAUCCAUCUGUCUGUGAUGUCAACAAAAUCGAAAUCGAAAUCUAAACCGAAACUGGGAAGGGAAGAGCAGCCGCGGAAGCCAAGAAUUCUCGUCAAUUUCCAUAUAUUGUAAAUAAUUGCCAGGACAGGUAGCCCACAGGAUCUGGAUGGGGAUCAACGCAUACCAAACAAGCAACAAUAAUAUUAACAACAAAACCAACAAGCAGCCACAAUUCUAAAUGAGAGAAAACACCACAUUUUUAUGGCAAGCUACAUGUAAUUGUAACAUAUAUAUAAAUAAAUACUUAAGCUAGCCGUUAGUUAGCGAUAUAACUUAAAAUAUAAAGCGAGGGGAUUUUUUAGCAGCCGUUUCAGUUGUAGUUUUUUUUUACUUAGUAUAAAUAUGUAAACGUAAAUUAAUAUUUUCUCUUGAGCUUAGGAAUAAUUGUAAUUAGACUUAGAUAAAUUAAGAUUAAUUUUAGUGUAGUGUAUGUGUAUAAAAAAAAGUGAAAAGUUUAGGAAAAGCUUGAGCUUAUGAGCCCCACACGUUUUAGCCAAUUUUUGUUGGACCUGUUUCAAGACCACUUUGCUUUGAUUUUAGCCAAAACGAAUAGAGAACGUAAAAAACAAAAGCGAUGACCCUUCAAAAACAGAUAUAUGUAUAUGUUUAUACACAUAUAUAUGUAUAUAGAGGAUAUUAUCUAAAUCGGGUCAGCGUUUCAUUAUCAAAAAGAAUUGUAUUACCCUGUAUUUCCUUAAAUCCUCCAAUAUAUUAUUUGCUAGUAUGUUAUGUUUAUUUUAAAAAUAUUUAUGCGAAUUGUAAUGUGAGCAUAGUCUGCAGACGGGCAGACAAAACGAUAAGCGAAAACGUACCGUUUGUUAUACAUAUAGAAUACCAAGAAAAAGUAAUACAUUUUUGCACUAUUUUUUUACGUGUAUGUUUGUAUGCAUGGCCUGUGAGUAUUGAGAUAUAACAAAAACAAAAAAAAAAAACACAAAGAAAACGUUUACUAGUAGUUAGGCGGCGGGCAGUGUUUUAGAACUGCUUCAUUAUUAAAUAAUGAUGUACAAUUUAGAGUCUGCGUAUCUAACAAAUUUCAUAAGACAACCACAACAGAAUCAACAGAGCAGCAGCAAAGCAAACUGAAAUCAAUACGAAAUCAAACGAAAAUAAAAAGAGGAGCAUUGCAUUCAA